AAUCACCUUAAAAAUAUCUGAAGCUUUGGCAGAUACAGAAAAUAAUACCCAUGCACUAAACGACACUCAGUCUCUUGAAAAGUCCAGUUUAACCGAGGACUCCUAUGAUGAUUAUAAUGAUUAUAUAGAUGAAACGGAAACCAACAAGCAAUCACAUCCUCGUAAUAAUACUAGUUUAAAACGUGUGGGUGUCACAUAUUCUUGGGAUCGAUGGGAAAAGUGGAGCAAAUGUUCCACAACGUGUGUUCAGAUUAAACGAAGAAAGUGUAUUCAACGAAUCAAAAAUGAUACAAACUCAAUGGAACUCGAAAAGAGUUUUUAUCCUGACACCAAAGGUAUUGAAAAAUUUGGUUGUUUUGGAAUACUAAAACGUUAUAGACUUUGCAAGGACGAACGUUGUAAGGCAAGCAAACAACGACUUAGAGAUUCACAAUGUGAAAAUUUUAAUGCAACACCGUAUCGGGAAAAGUUUUACACAUGGAUCGGUUAUGAGAAGGAGCACGACGAGUGUACAUUGUAUUGUCGAGCCAGUGGUUUUGAUUUGUUUGUUAAUAUGAAUCAAUCAGUUACCGAUGGAACUCCUUGCAAUCGUCCUGCUGUUUACUACACACAUUUCUAUAGAAGGAGAGCUGUCUGCGUUGAGGGUAUUUGUCGGGCUGUGCAUACAAGCGGCUCAAUUCGUCCAGCAACCUCAAGUGAUAGCCAGACAAAGUGUGGUUCGGUUUUGUGUCAACAUUUUUCUGGGAUAUUUAAUAAAUCUGAACUGACGACAGAUUAUAAUUAUAUCGCCACUAUACCAAUUGGUGCUAUGAAUUUGUCUGUGAAACAACGAAAGCUAAACGAAAAUUUCUUUGCCUUAAAGACAUCCGAUGGUGAGUUUGUUAUAAAUGGCAAUCGCCAUAACCUAACCCACAGUGGGUUAUACAAGGUCAAUGAUGAUGUGUACGACUAUAAAAGGAACAAAUCCGCCCUCACAGCAAGAGGGCCCCUUAAUAGGGCAGCAAUUUUAAUGUAUUUGGUAAACGAAGUGAAUUCUACAAAUGAUGUGGAAUAUAAUUACACCAUACCAAUACCAUCUGCAUCUGUGGUGGAUGAGGAACUCCAAACCGUUUGGGAUGAAACGGGUAAACCGAUAAACGAAACGGAUGAUGGGACAGCUAUACGGUCAAAGGAACGUCGCCAUCGACGGUUCAAGUGGAAAUUGUUGGGCUUUGGCGAGUGCAAUCGAUCCUGUGGUCCUGGCACACAAACACCGAUAUUUCGUUGUAUACCCCAACGUGAAUCGGGUGAACGUUAUUAUUCGCCAAGACAUUGUGCCUCGAGUGAGAAGCCCACAUUUAAUGACGACAUCUAUCUAUGUAAUCGUGGACUUUGUCCAGCCUUCUGGCGUCCAAGUAAUUUCAGCGAAUGCAAGUGUCCUUUGGGUAAUUCUAGUGGCUGGAGGACACAACAAUUUCAGUGCAUGCAGGAGCAAAUCAAGGGCAAUGUAAUACAAGUAAAUGACACAUUAUGCACUACCAGAAAAGAGGUUGACGUUCCAUGUGAUUGCCAUCAGCAGCGGGAAGAAUUGCAAAAGAAAUCUUCUGAUCCAUCUAUGCAGACAUUGAAGCGCAAUGCCCGCGACAGUCAAUCGUCUAGCGUUUGGCUUAUGUCUGAAUGGAUGGGUCUAUGUACGGAUAGUAAUUGCUUUUUAAAAGCCAAUCAACAUCGAUCCAUUUAUUGUGCUCGCUCCAUGCCCAAAGGCGAUUUGUGUGAUCCACAAACUAUGCCAAAAAUCAUACAGCCAUGUCAGCAGGAUUGUAAGCAGCCCAUUGCCUUUUGGGUUACCUCUGAAUGGGGUAAUUGUACAGGCGAUUGCUUUAAUUUGCAAAGGAAUCGCAUAGUGUUAUGCAUUAGCAAUGGACAAGUUGUCGACAAUGGGAAUUGCAUCCAUUUGCAAAAACCUGGUGAUUCACGUCGUUGUAUGCAGAGUGAGGUCGACUAUUGUGGUCCACGUUGGCAUUAUUCCGAAUGGUCUGAGUGCUCCCGUUCAUGUGGCAAUGGAGUGAGACAAAGGCAUGUUGAAUGUCUGGACUACAAUUGGAAACGUAAUGCCCUAAUAAAGUCAUCUAAUUGCCCAUUAACCAAAAGAGAAACCAUUUUUGGUACUUGUCAUACACCUUGCGAAGAAGAAAGUGACAUCAACAAAAUGGGUAAAAUAAAGAACUGUGUUGAUCUAUUCCUUAAUUGCGGUGAUAUAUAUCGACAAAAUCUAUGCUAUUUAAAUUAUUAUAAAACCUAUUGCUGUCGCUCGUGCCAAGGAAAACUUUAAGAACUUUAUAUAAAUCAAAGUAAAUUGCA